AUCAGUACAACAGAUAGCCUCACCUGCAGUUUAAAGGAUCGAGUGGAAUAGGAUUGGAAUGUUCAUUCACAUAAAAAAAUAACAAGGACUCAUCUCUAGGUCAUUCAUAGUUAGUUCAGCAUUCCAUACUUUACUUGAAAAUGAAGGACUAUGACGAAAUUACUUCCUUUUUGGGAGAAUGGGGACCUUUCCAAAAGGUUAUUUUUAUUCUGCUCAGUUUAAGCAGUAUUCCUAAUGGCUAUGUUGGGAUGGCCAUGGUUUUCCUGGCGGAUAUCCCUCCACACCGGUGCAGGGUCCCCCAGUUGAACUUCAGUGGUUUUGGCCAGGAUUUGAAUUACUCCAUACCCUUACAGGAGGUAAAUGGAGAGAUCAUUUUAAGUCGUUGUACUCGGUUUAAAGAACAAGUGGACUCUGCUACCGGCUUUGGGAAUGAGACCGAGGGAUGCCUGGAUGGAUGGGAAUUCAGCAAAGAGCAAUACACGUCCACCAUAGUGACAGAGUGGGAUCUGGUGUGUGACGAUGCAUGGAAAGCCCCUUUCACCGUCACAAUAUUCUUUUUGGGAGUGCUGUUCGGGUCUUUUUUGUCUGGGAUAAUCUCCGAUAGGUAUGGGAGGAGGUUCAUUUUCUUUGCUACUAUGGCACUCCAGACCGUCUUCAGUAUACUCCAGGCUGCCGCCAACAGCUGGGAGUUGUUCUGUGCCCUAUACUUUAUCGUUGGGAUGGGACAAAUUGCCAAUUACUGUGCUGCUUUCAUCCUUGGUUCUGAGCUUCUCAUCAGAAAUGCACGCAUCAACUUUGCCUCACUGGGGGUCGCUAUAUGCUAUGCAAUCGGAUACACCGCUCUGCCAAUGUUUGCCUGGUUCAUCCGUAGUUGGAGGAUUCUGCUGAUAGCCCUGUCUGUACCUGGAUUUCUGUAUAUCCCUCUUUGGUGGUAUAUCCCUGAGUCUCCGCGGUGGCUGUUGUCUCAGGGCAGGGUAAAGGAAGCCGAGGACAUCAUACGAGCUGCAGCAAGCAAGAACGGCAUCACUCCUCCAGACGUUAUAUUCAAACUGGAAGACUGUGAACAACUCAUGGAAAAUAAAAAUAAGGAAAGUCAGCGACUGUACACUUGGCUGGAUCUCGUCAAAACAACCAACAUAAGGAACAUCACUCUCAUCAGCAUUAUCAUUUGGAUUGUCAUAUCCAUGACUUACUAUGGGAUGUCCCUAAACACCCCCAACAUGGAUGGAGACCCUUAUAUCAACUGUUUGGUGGCUGCAUCCUCUGAAUUUUUGGGUUAUGGAAGUAUCUGGUUAUUUAUACGCUACACUCCACGCCGAUUCAUUCUUUCCUUCACCAUGAUCCUCUCUGGGACCCUGCUUCUACUCAUCAAGUUUAUCCCUCAAGACAUGCACGUCCUGUCUCUCACCCUGGUGAUGAUUGGAAAAACAGGUGUCACUGGAGCGUUUGGAUUCCUCUAUCUGUACGGCACAGAGCUCUUCCCCACAGUGGUGCGCAAUAUGGCUUUGGGUGCCACCUCCAUGGCUUCCAGAGUAGGUAGCACUGUGUCUCCCUACAUCGCCUACAUGGGCACGUAUAACAAGAUACUACCUUACAUUCUAAUGGGAGGCACCACAGUCAUCACUGGUGUGUUGAGCUUGUUGCUACCAGAAACAAAAGGCGAACAACUACCAGAAUUCAUCAACCAGGUUAAACCCCUCAGAUGCAUGGGCAUGAACCAGGAUUCUCGGGAUGGCCAGAGGCAGAAAGGAAACGCACAGGUGGGGAAUGAAGUCAACAAAAUUCAAGAGUGAUUCUGCACCAGCAACUCACUACAAAGCAAGUCACAAAGGCAAGCUGUAUUGUAGAUGAUGUUUCCAUCAUUUAGUGUGUUUUGCUUUGUAUGUAUGUCUUUGUAAAUUUACUAAUAAGUUUACAAUGUUUAAAUGAUUAUUGUAAUGAUUUACUCAACAGAUAACCAUGAGGAAUUUCAGUCUGGUGAAACUUAUUGACAACCCUACACUAGUUUAAAGAUGCUUAUAAUUUCAUGGCAAUUUUACCAUAAUAUUUUUUUAUACCACACAAAUGAUCGAAAUGACAAGCUACUCUGACAUUUACAUACUGAGAUCAAUAAAAUGAACGACCCAUGUAUUAAAUGCAACCAAUACCAUAGGCUAAUGAAAAGAGUGUGGAGAAACAGAUUUUAGGCCUACAAUAUAAGAAGGAAAUUAUAGUCCACCAACUUUCCAGUGGCACUCCCCUAUUUAAACAUAUUUUUGUGUUUUGAAAUAUUGCGAAAUACCUUUUAGCUACUGCCUGCUAUUCAUUGACAGCCACAACUCAACAGUCAGCUGUUUUAUAUUUGCUGCGCGGGCUGCCCGAUUGCGGGAUUCCCAACUGUAGACAAGGCCUAUGCGCUCAUAAUGCAGUGGCGAACCGUCAUUCAGGGCACCUGUUUUGAGCCCCACAUUUUAGCUAAAAAAAAGAAAACAAAUUUGGGGGGGCUUGCCUGUUUUUCAUGUUA